CAACCUGAUCUGAACUUAUUCCACUUGAAAUAUAAAUUCAGUCUUCAGUCCCCUCUUCUUAGUUGAUAUCUGUGUAUCUUAUUUAUCUAACUUUGCAAAGUCAUAUUAAUUUUCAAAUAGUACAAUAAAAACUGUUGAGCCAACAGCAGGAAUCUAGUAUCUGUUCUUUAGUCUGUGUAAAAUUAAAUACUCAACAUGAUGCUUAAAAGGAUAUUCACUCCAAGAAUGUACCAAAAAGUGAUACGUCCAUUCUCAACAGCUGUUGAACCUAAUCAAGGAUAUAAUUUUGAACUUUCUGACACCCAGAGAGAAAUGCAAGAUUUAGCACGGAAAUUUGUCAGAGAAGAGAUUAUUCCGGUAGCUGCAGAAUAUGAUAGAACUGGAAAAUAUCCAUGGGAACUUAUCAAAAAGGCAUGGAGUCUUGGUCUUCUGAAUAAACAUAUCCCCCAACAUUGUGGUGGUUUGGAAAGUGGUAUUUUCGAUGCUUGCUUGGUUACAGAAGAAUUUGCUUAUGGUUGUACAGGAUUAGCAACUGCAAUGGAUGCUUCAAGUCUUGGACAAACUCCAGUCAUUGUAGCUGGAACUAAGGAACAACAAAAGAAAUAUCUUGGAAGACUCGUAGAGGAGCCACUUGUUGCGGCAUAUUGCGUUACUGAACCUGGUGCAGGAUCUGAUGUAGCAGGUAUUAAGACUAAAGCUGAAAAGAAAGGAAAAGAAUGGGUAAUUAAUGGCACAAAAAUGUGGAUUACAAAUGGCGGUGUUGCUAAUUGGUAUUUUGUUUUGGCAAGAACAAAUCCUGAUCCAAAAGCUCCAGCUGCAAAGGCUUUUACAGGUUUCAUUGUAGAACGUGAUAGUGAUGGUUUAACUCCAGGUCGUAAGGAAAUAAAUAUGGGACAAAGAGCAAGUGAUACUCGAAUGAUAACAUUUGAAGAUGUUCGUGUCCCUGAAGAGAAUGUAUUAUUGGAAGAAGGGCAAGGCUUCAAGAUAGCUAUGAAAACUUUUGACAGAACUCGAGCACCGGUUGCAGCAGCGGCUGUUGGUUUAGCUCAGAGAGCUCUGGAUGAAGCAACGAAAUAUGCAAUGGAACGCAAAACAUUUAAUAAACCAAUAGCAGAGCAUCAAGCUGUAGCUUUUAUACUUGCUGAUAUGGCUAUUAGCGUUGAAACUGCUAGAUUGUCAUGGAUGAAGGCAGCUUGGGCUGGUGAUAGAGAAUUACCAAAUGCUACAAUGCUCGCGAGUAUUGCAAAAUGUUAUUCUGCUGAUAUAGCUAAUAAAUGUGCUACAGACGCCGUACAGGUUUUUGGUGGUGCGGGUUUCAAUUCUGAAUAUCCAGUAGAAAAACUUAUGCGUGAUGCCAAAAUUUUUCAAAUAUAUGAAGGCACUUCACAGAUUCAAAGAUUGAUUAUAUCACGUACUCUUUUUGCUGAAGCUAAACAAAAGAACAAUUAACGUGAAUAAUCAUUGUAAACUGAAUUAGAUUAUAAGAUGUAUAAAUUUUUUAAAGAUUUAAUAUUUUUUAUAAGCUUUGAAAU